AUGAACUCGACACAAUCUUCCAGAGAAUUAACCCUUAACCCUUUCUUCUUCAAAGACACUCAACUGUUCACUGAACUCACUGAACAUUCUCGAAAUCAAACUCCACCUUUCCUGAAGGAGUCAUCGCUGCGUUCAGAGAACAGCCAGACUGUGCUGAACGAACACACACGCUCCGGUGCUGCAGACAAUCUACAAAACGGGAGUCUUGGUGAGGAAGCUUCCUUAACUCACCCAAUGAACACAUCGUCUUGCCUCAGAGUGGUUGUCGUUGAGUACAACCCUUUCAUCUCCAUCAACGGCAAUACACAUCCCAAAACUGUCGGCGGCUGCAUGACGAAAGUGAUGGACAUAAUCUCUAGAAAACUCAACUUUUGUUAUGAGUUCGUGGUUGCAAAGGAGAAGCCCCCCUCGGCAUCUCCUAUUGGGUUAAUGCUACGAAACCAAGCUGAUUUGACAGGAUUCCCAGUGCCGUUUGCCAACUUCCAGAUGUUUGACCAGAGUGAGCCUCUUUAUUUGAAUUCGCAACGUUUAUGUUAUAAGCGACCCGAGCUGGAACAAAAUAUUGCUGGAUUUCUCAUGCCCUUCAACGCCUCAGUAAGUGAUCAAAGAAAAUUAUGCAAUCUCUAUUUCAUGGUAGGCUAUUUCGCAAGCCGGCCAGUUAACUGCACCACACAGGAUCCUAUGCAGCUACAGUUUGGUGAGCGAUGGGAUAAGCACAUUCCUAUGCCCUGA